AAAUGAUUGAUCCAUUCACCACAUAAAAAAAAAAAAAAAAAAAGUUACAGUUUGCUUUUUUCUUUGUACAUAUCAGCUAUUGACCUUUUUGUUUCAUUUAUCUUUUUUUUUGUGCGUGUCUGUGUGUCUUUUGAAUAGCAAUACCAACCGUCUUUUUAAAAAAAAACAAAUGUUGCUUUACACAACCAAUAUCACCGAUCUUUUGCAGACAGUAGCUUUCUCGAUCGGCCUACUAUUGAUCACUAUACCCACUAUUCAUUGGUUACUCAUCCGCUUACAAAAUGAACAAGAUCCAUCACCGUCAAAAACUUUUAUGCGUAGUUUAUCUCGUCUAUAUCGUUUUUUACGAUAUAUCACACCCAUCGGCUCCUCUAUUGAAGCAGAGAAUGUUGCUGCCAUAGUCGAUCAGUUUCAGCUUCGAUCAACCACCAGCAGUAAUGCUGCCAAUCCAUCCGUUACGGGGAAGAAUGAAACACUCGUGACUACGGAGCUUAUUGAUGAAGUAUGCUUAUUACCCGGUAUCGAGAAAGAAGUUACUAAAAAAGACACAGAACAUUCUACAGCGACGAUGGUAGCUGGAUUGGCGAAUACGGGCAAUUCAUGCUUUCUGAACUCAGUCUUACAGUCAUUGUCUUCUCUGCCAACAUUGCAAGCUUAUUUACAUCAGUUCAGUCGAUCCACUGCGGCAACCGCCUCUAUUCCAAUCACAAGAUCACUACUGAUAACACUGUUAACAUUAACAAAACCAUCACCGAGAAACAAGUUUUUUCGACCGAAGGAGAUGGUGACAGCACUUUCGAUAAAUAAUGAUAUCAUUAAUAGAGAACAACAAGAUGCACAGGAACUGUAUCAGUUAUUGAUGAAUGAAUUGGACACAGAAAUCAGCAGUGUGAGGAAAGGUCAGCAACCUUGGAAAAGAGGCUUUAAAGAUAUCCUGAACGUGAUGGCACAUCAUCCAUCCUCCUCUCAGAAGGCCAAACUAAAGAAGCAGCAGCAGCAACAAGAUGAUUUCAUACAUUUAGAGAAUCCACUUCAUGGUUUAUUAGCUUAUAAAAUGACCUGUACACAAUGUGGUUCCAUGUCAGGAAUCCCACUCCAAUUAUUCAAUAAUGUUCAAUUGGCUCUUCCUAACAAUAAGGAUCACACAAGCUUAAAUGAUUGUCUGGAACAAUUAACAAGCGUUGAAUACCUGCAAGAUGUUGAAUGUGAACAAUGCACUUUGCAAUCUUUACGACGAAAACAACAUGGAAAAAAUACAUCUCUUGACACUGCAGAUACGACUGCUACUACCUUAACACCAACCACCACCACCACCACAGCACCUACCGCAACAAUCAAAACUGAAAAAUCCAAACAAGCCAUGUUUGUUAAACCGCCGAAAAUUCUUUGUCUUCACUUUGUUCGAUCUAUGUAUGUAUCCACAGGCGAGAUAUUGAAAAACACCUGCAAAGUAGAUUUUCCUGAAGUGUUGGAUCUUACUCGCUAUUGUAAUACUACCUCCCACCCCAAUGACACGAUCAGCAAUGCUAUCACUGUGGCUGCAGUUACUGAUAGCAAGACGCCUACUCACACGACAAUGAAAUUACCACUGACGCCGCCGCCUACACCCCCUAUCGCCAGAAAUUACACGUAUCGCUUGAUGAGUAUGAUUGUGCAUUAUGGAGAUCAUUCUUCGGGCCACUAUAUUGCUUAUAAACGACGUAUUGUAGCCAACACGUGCAGUUGUAAGAUAUGCCGCCAAGAAAAACUAACAUUGAAGCCAUCGACAGGGUCGGAAUGGUACAAAAUGUCGGAUGACAAUGUUCGAGCGUGUCCAAUAGACGAGGUCCUGAGCGAAAACCCAUUCAUGCUGAUGUAUGAACUUGUCGAACAACCUGAAAAAGAAGAAAAUAGUGAGAAUGAAACAACCGUAUGUGGAAAGUCUCUGUCUUCUACAACAGCAUUGGAUACUACAUUAUUGCAUCAGCAGCAACAGCAGCAGCAGCAGCCAGCAGCGGAAGAAGUAGCAGACCUUCUGACGCAUGACAGCGCUUCCAGUAGCAGUAGUUCUGAUGAUGAAGAUGAAGAUGAUGAUUUUUAUCAUUUCACUCUACCUGCAGCACCUCCAUCUUCGCCCCUGCUAAGACCUAUCAUGAAACAGCCCAACCCUUUGUUACAACAGUCUACACCCGCUCAUCAUCAUCUAACAACGACUGUCAAUAAAUGUGACGUUGUACACAGGAAAAAGCGAGUUAGCAUUAAUAGUAAUACCAACAUCUCGCUCACUGAAUGUCGUUCCAUACCCAUCGUAAUAUAAUAAUAAACAUCCAGGCAUUUACUGUAAUAUACAUAGGCAUAUCAAAUAUUUUAAAUUUUUUUUUUGCCUGCCAAAAAAAAA